AUGCUUGGAUUAAAAUGGUUACUAAUUGUGCCACUCGUUUCGUUAUCCUGCAUCGAUACUGCUGACAUCCUUGUUGUAUCUACAUUUCCGGGAAAAAGUCAUGGGAUCCUUGGAGAUGGUAUUGUGCGAUUGUUAUUGGCAGCUGGACAUCAGGUGACAUAUAUAACCUCGUUCCCGACUAGAAAGUCCUACCCCAACCUAACAGAGGUAGACGUAAGUCAUAACAUGGAAUUAUCUCCAAUUAACACAAUUAAAAUAAAUUCAAUCUUGGAUAAAGAAGUAGAUCCAAGAGAUGUGACACGUCACGUGCAUGUAAUGUUAAACUUAAGUAAUAGCACUUAUACAAGUGAAAAUGUACAGAAAAUUAUAAUGGAUCCUUUGCAAAAAUUUGAUGCUGUUAUUGGUGAAUGGCUUUUCUCUGAAAUGUCUAGCGGAUUUGCAGCAUUGUUCGAUUGCCCGUUAAUAUGGUUUUCAACAAUGGAACCUCACUGGAUGGUCACAAAGUUAAUCGAUGAACGCUUACACCCAGCUUACAAUCCCGAUUGGACGACGAAGCACUUACCACCGUUCACCUUCAAGCAACGGGUUCAAGAACUUUGGAACCAAAUUUUUAUGAGUACUUUUAUGGAAUACUUUUUUGUGCCCAAAGAAGAGAAAAUAUAUCAAGCAGUAUUCGGUCCAGCAAUGGCUUUAAGAGGAAAAUCAUUACCCUCUUAUUAUGAUAUGAGAUUCAAUGGGUCCCUGAUGUUAGGAAAUUCACAUGUUUCGCUAGGACAAGCAACUAGAUUGCCUCAAAACUAUAAACCAAUAGGUGGAUGUCAUAUUGACUUCAAUUUUAAACCUCUGCCGGAGGAUUUGAAAAAAAUCUUCGAUAAUGCUGAGCAUGGCGUUGUAUACUUUAGCAUGGGCUCUAACCUAAAGAGUAAAGAUAUACCGGAAAAAUUAAAGAAAGAUUUAUUGGAAAUGUUCGGAACACUGAAAUAUGCUGUUCUUUGGAAAUUUGAAGAAGUACUAUCGGAUUUACCCAGAAAUGUUCACAUUGUAAAAUGGGCACCACAACUAAGCGUUUUGGCUCAUCCAAAAACCAUUGUCUUCAUAACUCACGGAGGGCUUCUUUCAACUAUUGAGACGGUUCACUUUGGAGUACCUAUUAUCGGUAUACCAGUAUUCGCUGAUCAAUUUAACAACGUCGACAGAACCGUGAAAAAAGGUUUUGCAAAACGAGUCGACCUCUCCUAUACAAUGGCCCAUGACCUAAAAGCAGCUAUUGAGGAAAUCGUAAACAAUCCACGAUAUGCAGCAAAAGUGAAGGAGUUAUCUCUAAUAUACCACGAUCGACCGGUGUCUCCUGGCAAGGAGCUGGUGCACUGGGUCGAGCAUGUAAUCAAGACUAAAGGGGCACCGCAUCUGCGCUCGCCAGCACUGCAUGUACCUUGGUACCAAAAAAUGUACUUUGAUCUUGCUGCCCUUAUGAUGGCUGGUUUAUUAGCUAUUAAAAUAGUUUUAAAACGAUUGUUUUAUUCAAAGAAAAGAAUAACUUCGCUAAAGAAAAAUAACUAAAACGAGCAUUU